AUGUCUACUAAAAAGAAAAAGGAUGACAUGCCCGCCAUUAAAGUAUCGAAACCAACGAGCAAUGUAAAGCUAACAACAUCCAAAGAAGAGGUAUCGUCAAACGUGUUGAAAGCACCACAAAUCUCAAUCGUAACAGGCAAACCAUAUGGACCGCGAAUUCGUCGAGUGGGCGAGCAAAUCGAGGAACAGAGUUCGGAUGACGAGCCGGAUUCGGAAAGCGACGACGAGAGUCGUUUCAUUAAAGAUGAAAUGAAUGCCGAAGUGCCAGCCGAGUUCUGGCACAUGCAGAAGUUAAUCAAAUACAUGAAAGCCGGAAACCAAACUGCCACUACAGUCGCGCUUUGCCUGCUCAAGGAUUACGAGCUUGGCAGCCGGGUCAUUCAAAGAUCGAUCUACGAGAUGGGCGGAUUGGAAGUGCUGGUCAAUCUGCUGGAGACGAAGGAACUCAAAUGUCAGCACGGAUCUUUGGCCGUACUACUGCAGAUAUCGUCGGCCUUGGAAAUGAGAAGGCACCUCGUCGAUUUGGGCAUUGUCACACCGCUGAUAGAGUUGCUCAAGCAUCCGGCUAGAGAUAUCCAAGUUCUUACGGUUGAGACGAUGGCUAAUAUCGCCAUGAUGAAGAAGGCCAGGAAGCAGAUUCGAAUGCGAGGCGCUGUUCCAUUUAUUUUAGAUAUAAUGGAUGUGCCGGAUAAAGUGAUCCAGAGAAAGGCCAAAGAUCUCGACGAGAACGACAAGGAACUAUUGGCUGUUGCCAUCGGCUGCGCCAAGGUUCUCAACUCGCUAAGCAGUAGUCCGAAAAUCAAGGAAGAAUUGAGAAAGAACGGAGCUGUUUUCCUUAUUGCUCGAUUCCUCAAAUCGCAGAUCACUGAACUUAUUGUACCGAUGAUGGGGGCAGUACAGCAGUGCGCCGAUUUAAAAGUUUUCAGACUAGCUUUCGAAAACAUGGAAAUCAUCAUUGACAUAGUCCGUCAUCUGGAGAACGACGACGUUAAACUUAAAGAGAAUUGCGCUUUGGCGAUUUUCAAGUGCGCCGUUAACAAAGUCACCAGAGACAUGGUUCGCGAGGCUGGUGGUCUAGAUCCUCUGUGCAAACUCGUACAGGACAAAGAGGUGUACGCGAACAAAAAGUUACUGGCCGCGGUAUCAGGUGCAAUCUGGAAAUGCGCAAUGAGUCCCGAAAACGUAAGCCGGUUUAACCAGAACAAUUUGGUAGCCGCUUUAGUUCCUCUCCUCGGUGAGAAUGAGAACGAAGAUGUUCUUGCGAAUGUCGUUGGUGCAUUGGCCGAGUGUUGUAAGAAUCCGACUAACAGAGAUUUAUUGCGAACGAGUGAAGGACUACCGAAAUUGAUAAAGCUAUUUAGCGCAACGUACGAGCCUCUGCUUGAGAAUCUCCCCUUAGUGAUCGGCGAGUGCGCUCAAAACGAGCUGUGUAUGGACGUGAUCAACGAUGCAAAGCAUCAAUUAGACGGUGUACGUUUAGUUUGGUCACUGCUGAAACACUCGAGCGACGCGGUGAAGAGAAACGCUUCUUUUGCCUUGGUCCCGUGCAUUCGUUAUGCCAAGAAUUCAGCUGAGAUGGUUCGCGCUUUCGUUGGUGGGCUUGAGCUUGUCGUUAGUCUUCUUGAGAGUCAAGAUACGCAAGUAUUGAGUGCUGUUUGCGCGACCAUCGCUGAAAUUGCUACGGAUCCGGAGAAUCUUGGGAUACUUACUGAUCAUGAUGUCGUUAAGAAACUUGCUGAUCUUGUGCAUACCGAAGAUGAAAAGCUACGUGCUAAUUUGACGCUCGCUAUAGCUUUUUGUUGUGAAUGGGGUCAGAAUAAUUACGAAUUUGGAAGAUUAAAUGCAGUAGCACCGUUGGUCAACUAUUUGCUAAGUCCAAACAAAGAAGUACUGAAAGGAGUAUGUAUUGCUUUCUGUCAUCUAAGCAAAGAGCCAUCAAAUUGCAUCACUAUGAGGACUUGCGGAGUCGUCAAGCAUGUGCUUCGUUUGGUCGGAUCAGAAGAUUCGGAAGUUCAAAUUGCUGCGGCAACAACCAUUAGGCACAUUCGCAAGCUUGCACUCACCGCCGAGAAAUUCCAUUACAAAGAGAUCCACACUCUUGCCGAAACAGAUUACCGAAAAUAAAGCUUCUGGGGAUAAUUCA